AUGCCAAUCCACGGACCCCUGGCAGACCCUUUGGGCCGUCACUUAGGCCCCCUCAAGGACAACGCCCAGCCGCCCGCUGCGGCUGCGGCUGCAGCUGCGGCAGCUGCUGACAAUUCCUCGUUCACUACCCCAGGCAGCAAGGGCAAGGCGUGGGCGUUAGCUGGGCUGAGCAGGAUAUCGCAGGUCACAGGUGCUGGCAGGAAGGGCACCAGUGCUGGUGGCGGCAGUGGCGUCUCGUCUCUGCCCGAACCUGAGAACGCGCCGGACCUGUUUCGCCUGCUUCGGAACUACCCGGAGCUGGACCUCGGCGCUGUUGGUCUGGCAGGCAUUGAUGUGAAAAAGAGGUAUUUCCUGGGAGAGCAGCUGCGCAUCGUGAGGGCAGCGCAGCUGUUCUGGACGGUGGAGGAGGUGGUGGGGCUGCUGCGCAACGCGUACUGCCGCACGAGCACAGUGGAGUGCGCGCACCUGGCGAGCAGGCAGCAGAAGCGGUGGGUGCAGGCUGCCAUGGAACGGCCUCCCUUGCGCCAACUCUUCUCACCAACCCAGCAGCGCCACCUGCUGCACCGCCUGCUGUAUGCCGACGCCUUUGAGCGGUUUCUCGCGCGCAAGUUUCCUUCAGUGAAGCGGUUUGGCAUAGAGGGCGGGGAGGCGCUGGUGCCGGGGCUGCUGGCUCUGCUGGGGCGGGCUGCUGGCAGCGGCGUGAAGUUUGUCGAGCUGGGCAUGGCGCACAGAGGUCGACUGAGUGUGCUGCACGCGGUCCUGGGAAAGCCCCUGACCUCCAUCUUGUCUGAGUUCAAACCACCUGAGGUUUCACCUGAACUCUCGGAGCUGCUGCAAGUGGGCGACGUCAAGUACCACCUGGGUACCCGUUCUACACUCGAGUUUGAAAGCAACCAGGUGCAAGUGUCCCUACUGCCCAACCCCAGCCAUCUGGAGCUGGUGGACCCGGUCGUGGUGGGCAAGGCUAGAGCCAAGCAGCUCUUCACCAACGACUCCUCCAGGCGCUCCGUCAUGGGUCUCAUUCUGCACGGAGAUGCAGCCUUCAGUGGCCUUGGCCUCGCUCCUGAGGUGCUGCAGCUGUCGGACCUACCAGAGUACACAACGGGCGGCACGAUCCACGUGAUCAUCAACAAUCAGAUCGGAUUCACCACUGAUCCGAAGCUUGCUCGCUCCUCCCCCCACCCCUCUGACUUCGCCAAGGCAGUGGGGGCGCCCAUAUUCCAUGUGAACGCAGAUGAUCCCGAGGCAGUGGCUCACAUCUGCUCCCUCGCUGUCGACUGGCGCCAGACAUUCGGCAAGGACGUGGUGGUGGAUCUCGUGUGCUACAGGAGGCAUGGCCACAACGAGCAGGACGACCCACGAGUAACACAACCCCUGAUGUACUCUCUAGUAGACUCCCACCCGCCAUGCCUUCAGCUGUAUGCCGCACGGCUCAUGGCAGAGGAGGUGGUUACAGCGGAGGAGAUCGCCAGCUGGCAGGCUGACGUGGAGGCUGAGUUUGAGCGUGCGUUUGAGAACACCAGCAAGCAACAAGUGUCGCCACAGGAUUGGCUCGCUGCCAACUGGCAAGGGGAGGCACUUGGGUCGCUGGUGAGUCAGCGCAAGGUGCAGCCCACUGGCCUUCCCCUGAAGACCUUGCAACGCGUGGGAGAUGCGCUCUGCACUGUACCACCGGACUUCACCUUACACCCUCAGGUGGCAUUGCUGCUGGAGAAUCGCUGCAAAAUGAUGGCAACUGGGGAAGGCAUCGACUGGGCCAUGGCAGAGGCUCUUGCCUUCGGCUCCCUUCUUCUGCCAUUUGACCCCUCUCUCAAUCAGACGGCUGACAGCAACCCCACCCAUGCGGUGCGGCUGAGCGGGCAGGAUUGUGAGCGCGGCACCUUCAACCACCGCCAUGCCGUCAUGCAUGACCAGUUCACAGGGCAGCGGUACACCCCGCUACAGCACGUGGCAGCGGGGCAGGAGCGAUUCAUGGUGUGCAACUCGAGCCUGUCGGAGGCAGCAGUGCUGGGCUUUGAGUACGGCUUCAGCCUCGAGAACGAGAACGCCCUCGUGUGCUGGGAGGCGCAGUUUGGGGACUUUGCGAACAACGCGCAGGCGAUAAUAGACAACUUCAUAGUGAGCGGGGAGGACAAGUGGAUGACCCCCACGGGCCUCGUGCUACUGCUGCCGCACGGCUUCGACGGCCAGGGCCCCGAGCACUCCUCUGCCCGCCUCGAGAGGUACCUGCAGCUAGUGAACGACGAUGCCGACCACCUUCCCGGCUACAGUCCACACUUGGCCGCCCAGAUUGAGGCGGGGUUCACGAUAGCCGACCGCGACAACAAGGGCCACGUGUCACUCUCUGAUUUGCUGGAGUUCAUGCAAUCACAAUACGGGCUGGGCCACGACUACGUGACGGCGCUUGCCCACCAGAUGCACAUCGAUGAAUCAAAUCAAAUCUCCAAGGCGGACUGGGAGUCAUUCAUGGUGAGGUGGAUGAGGCGCAACGCACAGAGGGACAACAACGUGUGUGUCGUCAACCUCACCACGCCCGCCAACUACUUCCACGCCCUCCGCCGCCAGGUCAAUCGGCAUUUCUCCAAGCCCCUCGUCGUCAUGUCCCCCAAGUACCUGCUGCAUCACAAGCCCUGCGCAUCACCUCUCAGCCAUUUCACAUCCGGCACAUUCUUCCAGCCAGUGAUAGCGGAUGGAGACAUAGGAGACAACAUGCGGCAUUUGCAUGCUGACAAGCUGCUGCCGCCCGGCCAGAUGAAACGGCUUGUGCUGUGCUCGGGGAAGAUCUACUACUCGCUGGCGCACGCCAGGAGGGCGAGGAAGCAGUGGGAGGUGGGGCUGAUGCGCAUCGAGCAGCUGGCGCCCAUGGCUGUUGACCAUGUAGCGCGGGUCAUCAACAGCCACUCUUCUGCUGAGCUCGUGUGGGCGCAGGUGGGUGCUCCUCCCCUCCUUCCCCUCCUCUUGGCUCGCUGUCUUUGCUCCUCCUCUGGGCUGAUGCGCAUAGAGCAGCUGGCGCCCAUGGCGGUGGACCAUAUAGCGCGGGUCAUCAACAGCCACUCUUCUGCUGAGCUCGUGUGGGCGCAGGUGGGUGCUGCUCCUCUCCCCCUUUCCUCUUUUCUCCUCCUUUUCUUCCCCCACUCUUCCUCCCCCCUGGGGGCGGCAUCAGGGGGGCUAUUCCAGGUGCACGGCAGCCCAUCCCGUCGCUCGCCCCUCAUGUCGCCGUUGCUCACAGACGCCCCCGCCAACCUGCAGGCGCUCAACCUCGACCAGAGCGUGCCGCACCUGUCUGAUGAUGUGUACCGUGGUUUUGGAGGAACUGGGAGGAGUGCAGCACCCCCCGCCAACCUGCAGGCACUCAACCUCGACCAGAGCGUGCCACACCUCUCCGAUGACGUGUACCGGUGGGUGUCGGAGGGUUGGGAAGUGGGGGAAGAGGUGGUGGGUUGGUCGCUCCUCUGGCCGCAACACCCCCACCUAUCUCAAGAGCUCCCACUCUUCCCCGGACCUGAAGCCCUUCCUAGCCUCUGCAGCCUCGGCACUCCUCCGUUCCUCCUCUUCUGUGCUGCCUACUUGCCUCUGCUUCUUCCAUCCUCUUGUCCCUUCCCCCCCAUCCCCCUUGCAGGUCGCUCCUCUGGUCGCAACACCCCCACCUACCUCGAGAGCUCCCACUCUUUCCCGGACUUCAAACCCUUCCUUGCCUCUGCUGCCUCCUCGCCGCUGCUGCCUCAUGUCGUUCCUCUGGUCGCAACACCCCCACCCACCUACCUCGAGAGCUCCCACUCCUCCCCGGACCUCAAGCCCUUCCUAAACUCUACUCCCUUCCCUGCCGCCUCGCCUCUGCUUCCUCCAUCCUCUUAUCCCUUCCCCUCUCUCCCCCCUGCAGCGCCGGCUGCCACCUCAGCAGCCAAAGCUCCGGCACCGAAACCGGAUUCUGCCGAAGCAUCAGCGGCGGCAGCAGCGGCGCCAGGCGCAGCAGAUGGUGGGGUGGGGACAGGAGGAGCUGAAAGUGGUGAAACAGCAGCAGACGUGCCUAGCGGUGGUGGUGGGGUUGGGGCAGCAGGAGGAACGGCAGGGGAGGUGGCAGAGGGUGUGGAAGGAGCAGCAGGCAGCAGCAAUGCUCCUGCUGCUACUGCAAGUGGUGCUCCUGCUGCUGUGAAGAAAUCCACCCUCAAUCCAAACGCCAAGGAGUUCAAAUUCAACUCCAACUCCAAGGAGUUCAAGUUCAACCCCAACGCCAAGGUUUUUACACCCACCUUCUCCAUGCCCGCUUCCGCGCCCCUCCCUCUCCCCCCGCCCUUCAUCCCCGCCUACCCCUCCGCCCUCCCCCCCCAACCCCGCCCAGACCACCCCUUCCCCUUCCAACCCCUCCCUGGCGCACCCCCUUCCGCCCCUGGCGCCCCCAUCCCCUUCCCCGCCCCCCUCUACCUCCCCACCCCUCUCCCUCCCCCCUCCCCCGCCCUGUCUUCCCCCAUUCCCCCCGCCAACGCCCCUGGCGCCCCCACCCCUCCUGCUUCCGCGCUCCCCCUCCCCCUACCCUCCCCUGGGUCCGUUCCCCCUGUGGGACAAGCCGGGGCGGCAGGGCUUAUUCCUAUCCCUGUUUCGGUGCCAGGUGGCAUGCCUCCAUUGGCUGUGGCUCCCCAGCCAUUGUACAUGCCGCCCCAGCAGCAGCAACAGCAGCAGCAGGCAUUGUUCUCUCAGCAAGGAUUCACGGGAGGGGGUAGCGGGGGGAAGGAAGGGGGAAAGCAAGGGGAAGGCGGGAGUGAUGGUGGGGAGUUUGGGGGGGGUGGUGGAGGGGCAGGGGGGAUGCAGGGGCAAGGGAUGCUGCCGCCCGGUAUGCCGCCCGGCAUGCCCCCUCCCAUGCGUCCCUACCUCCCUGCGCCUCACGGCGCCGGCCAGCCCAUGCCUGGAGGCGGCAUGGCGGGCGGCAUGGGCGGCAUGCCAAUGAUGUUCAGCCCGCAGGGGUUUCCCCAGCCCAUGAUGUACGGGCAGCACGGCCAGCUCAUGUACAUGCCCAUGCCUCAGAUGUAUCCCAUGGGGAUGCCACGAGGCCCUGUGAUGCUGCCGCCCCCACACUUCUUCCACCGCCCGCCCAUGGUUCCCAUGCACGGCAUGCCGCCCGGCCACAUGCCCAUGCCGCCCCACCAAGGCCCGUCACCUCCGGUUAUGAACAGCAGCCCCCAGCCACCUGCCGCCAUGCCCCCUGCGCGCUAA